UUGUGAAAAGGGUAAAAAUAUGUUGAGAGAGAGAGAGAGAGAGAGCUUCAAUGGAGGAGGAGGACGAUGAAGUGAAGCAAAGAAGAGAAAAACAUUCCGAUGAAAGAAGAGAAGAAGAACCAGAAAUGGAUUGUCCCUCGCAUCAUCCUCCACCUCCGCCUGAUGAGUUGUUCGACAUUGAUACUACAGUUGAUCCUAGCUAUGUAAUCUCACUGAUAAGGAAGCUCCUUCCAAUCGAUUCCAGCAGUGAAGAACGUGAUCGAAGCACUGAGAUUAGGCACAACUAUGACUAUGAUAUGAAUGCCAGCAAUGCGGUUCAAGGUGUUGUACCUCGGUCUGGAGAUGGGUUUGUGGAGGGUGGUCCAGAGGGCAUGGACAUUGGAGAUAACCGUAAAGAAUCCACUUCUGAGAAGAAUGAGAAGGUAAGUUCAUGUCGGGAACCUGAGAAGCUAAGAGGGUCAUCAGUGGAAGAGGAGGCAUGGGAAGAGCAUGGUUGCGUCUUGUGGGAUCUUGCCGCAAAUGAAACCCAUGCUGAGCUUAUGGUACAGAACCUAAUUUUACAAGUUCUUAACGCAAACCUUCUGGUUUCAACAUCUUCUCGCAUUCGAGAAAUCUGUCUUGGGAUUAUUGGGAACCUUGCUUGUCAUGAAGCUCUGUUGAAACACAUUGAGUUUACAUCCGGACUCGUCAAUACACUUGUGGGACAGUUGUUUCUUGAUGAUACUCAAUCCCUAACUGAACUUUGCAGGAUACUAACCACAGGUCUAUAUGGAGCUGGAUGCACUUCUUGGGCAGAGUGUUUGCAGUCUGAUGAUGUGCUACGCCGUAUUUUGUGGAUUGCGGAAAAUACCUUGAAUCCUCAUCUUAUUGAAAAGAGUGUAGGGCUGUUGUUAGCUAUCUUAGAAGAUCAAUCAGAGGUUGGGAAGCUAUUGAUCCCUCCACUAAUGACUCUAGGUUUGACGAGUCUCUUGAUCAAUCUUCUUUCCUUGGAAAUGGGCAAGUUGAUCAAAGAAAGAAUUCCAGAAAGGUACUCCGUUCUUGAAAUGAUUCUCCGAGCUAUUGAAACCCUUUCUGCUUCAGAAGAUAAUCAUUCUAAAGAGAUUUGCUCUAGCAAACAACUUUUUCACCUAGUCUGUGAUCUUAUGAAAUUUCAGGACAAAGCCGAGGUGGCAGCAUGUUGUGUUACUGCAGGAGUUUUAAUCGCAAAUGUUCUGUCUGAAACAAUCAGUUUCAUUCCAGAAGUGUCGCAAGAUUUUUCUUUCUUGGAAGGUUUAUUCAGUACUUUACCAUUUGCUUCGGAUGACGUAGAAGCUAGAGGAGCUAUUUGGAGCGUUAUUGCUAGGUUACUUGCCAGAGUUAAUGAGUCUGAGAUGGACACAUUCUGUCUGCGGCAGUACAUAUUGGUUUUCCUUAGGAACUCAGAUAUUAUAGAAGAUGAUCUUCUCGAUAUUCAACUAGAAGAUUCAGGGGAGAAGUCCCAAAACUCAUUCCAUUCCCAGGGAAAGACAAGCGCACGAACAAUUGCUAUACAAAAGAUUGAAUCGAUGUUGAACAAUUGGAAUCUUCGCAAGAAGACUUUGCGAGAGGAAAGCAUAGAUGGGGACUGCUCUGUAAACACAGCUGAUGUUAAAAGGCUAUAUGAUUGCUGUCAAAGAUAUAUAUCAAAAUCAUUUGAGGGGUUUUGAUUCAUGGGGAAUCUUUGGCUUGGAAGUGUUUCAAUCUCUCUACUUUUCAUGGUCAACGAGGAAUCAUCACACAUUGACACAUGAAGUUGCAAGCUUCAAGAUAAUACCAACCAAAUGGGCUAGAAAAGUUCACAGCCAAGUGUUACUUGUUAUUACACCUAUGUAUGUAUUAGCCCACCAAUUCAUGGAGCAUCCAUUGUUACCACAAUUUUUAAAAGCAGAUAACUGUUAUUAUAGGAGAUCGAACAAUUCUAGUUUUGUCGAAAUUCUAAUACGGAGCUUUAUGUUUACUUUUGUUGUCAAUAAUAUGUAUGAUACAUUGAAACUGUAUUGUAACACAUCGACGAUGCUAGCUCACAAACUAGUAGAUUGCAUGACUUGGUCUUAUUUGACUU